UUCCGUUGACUAUAAAUAGAAUUUUCUGCGCAUGCAUUUUGUUCAUCUAUUUUUAUAUGAAUUGCUCAUAUACUGUUUCAUUGACUUGACGCCAUAUUGACUACUACUUUGAAAGGAUUUAUACAUUUAUUUUCAUUUAAUGAGGUAAUCAGUAUGGAUCCGUUAUCAGAAAACGGUUAUCAGCAGGAAGAAUCUUUUCUGAAAGUUGCAAAGGAGAAUUCGAUAUCUUUUUGUUCGACUUUCUUAAAAUAUAAGGACGUACAUUCAUUUCUGCAUCGGUCUGAAGGAGGAUUUAUAUCAACGCGCUGUGUUAAUGCUACGUUUGGAGAAAUAUAUUGUUUAAUGCAGAGCAAUCUCGACAUUGACGGAGUUGUACUGGAGAUGAAGGCAUUGACGGCUAUCAAAUUCCCAGUUUUUUACAUGAACCUUUUACCAAGAGGUGAUGGUAGUAUUAUAUCCAUGUACCCGAUUCUUAAGAAGCACAUAGAUAUAACUCAAUAUCAGAGAACUUCAUUUUCUUUAUUAAAAAUGUGCAAUGGUAUACAACUUUUCAGUUCAUUUGGGUGGCAAGUGAAUUUAGCGCUGAUACCACUACCAAAUAUAGAUUCAUCUUUUGACCUGCCCAGUGCUUUAAACUACAAAUUGUUUGCAAACCAGUACUUUAAUCGAGUAAAGUCCACCUUCCAAAACAAUCUUCUGAAAUUAUCACCAAAGGAAUUGUGUAAAGACACUUUUAAGAAGAAUUCGAUCUUUGACGUUUCAAAAUGGAGGGUUUUGGCAAAAGAUCAAUCCUUUGUCAUGGCCAUAUUAGAUAAGACUUUGAUUGCAUGUCAGGCUCCUCCGCAUCAUCGAAUUUCCAUUGUAGCUUUUCGUUUUGGAGAGAGAGAUUCCGUUCAAAUCCAACUUGCAACUGAUUUUUGCCUUGAACUAGUUACAUCUCUUACCACCCAUAUUGCCGUAACAUUCAAGAGCAUAGAUGACAAAAUUCACUUUUUCUGGUCACGUGACGGAAUUCAGAAGCUUGUAGGCUUUCGAGGAUCAUUACUUCCAGUCCUUUCCUUUAGAGAUUGCUGCAAUUUUCAAACAAAUUUAGAUGGUCGUCCAAACGAUAUCUCGGAUGAACUGAGGAAUGUGUGCAUGCAUCCCAAUAAUUUGAGAUUUUUGCAAUUAUACGCAGAUUCGCCCCACAUGCAUUGCAGCGCUAAGCAUCCUCUAUCUGGUCUUAUAGCGACAUGUAAUUUACUGCAUCCUAAAUCAACUGCUCACCUUUCCCGACUUUCUGAUGAUUAUCUCUCUGUAUGUCGUGAAAACUGCCAUAAAUUAGGAGAAGCCAUGCCAAUGCGUCUCGAAGUUGUUGUGUCCUUGGACGAUAUUCCGUCAGUGCUGAUUGCAAAGGAAAUAAUUAACCUAGAACAUUUAGAAUUACUUAUGGAUAAGUAUCCUAUGGUUGUGCCUUUUCAAGAAACGGUAAUAUAUUGCG